UAUUGACAUGCCCCUGCUUCUGUUGGGGAUUAUUUAAAUAUUUUGGUCGGGUACAUACGUACUUAAUUCAUAUAAUAGAAUUUUUGUUGUUUUACUAUAUCUAACAACUAUUUUUAACAAUUUAUAAUUGAAAUAUGAGCACUGAAGUACCAGCAGUUCUUAGACCAGGUAGCGAAUGUAUCAAAAUCCUUACUGAGGCCACAAUGCUAUCGAAUCGAAGUGAUUUUAUAAAUAGUUUAAACGCUUACCAAGACGGCAUUGAAAUGUUAUUAGAAGCAUCCAAAAGUGAGCAAAAUAUCAAGUAUAAAACUAUCCUCCAAGAAAAAGCUUUGCAAUAUAUAAGCUUUGCAGAGUUGUUAAAAGAGAAAAUAAAGAAAGAGAUAUCUGGGAAAGAAACGUAUAAAUCGAUCGAGAUUAAGAAUAAUUCGAAAGGUUUUGGUUACUCACAUAUCAUAGGCCCAUAUUGUAAUCAGCAUGUUCAUCGUGUAUCUGUUGAAGACCCUUAUGUGCGAUCACAUCAUCAGAUAAAUAACUUUGUUUACUUUGUUGAAAUUAUUACAAAACUCUGUAUCAACCUAAAAAAAAUUCAUUUAACAACAACUAGCUCGAAAGAAAGCGUAGCAUUACAAACGGAAGCUUUUAAGGAUCUCAAAGCAAGCUUAGCCGAGAAUAAUGUUGGUUUGAGUGUGGAAUAUUCUGAAGUCCUCCAUGAUAGACAAAUUAGGUUUGAUACCGGCUGGGUAGUAAAAAUUGGCAGAGGACUGGAUUACUUUAAGAAACCCAAGUACAAGUUUGGGCUAGGUCAGAAUGAUCAAGAUUAUCGUGAAUGCUAUGAGACUAAUAUAGACAUAAUUUACAUUAAAAAUUGAAUUUUAAACUUAAUGCUCUAAAAAAAUAAA